GUGCACCACUUAUAGCGGUGUAUAAAGUCUAAAUAAAGCUUGCAGUUAUUAUAUUUAUUAUUAUUACACUCUCGUAAAAAAAAAAAAAAAAAAAAAAAAAAACACAAUGAAGACGCCUCCUCAGAAACGCGUGUAUCCUAAACUGCCCGUGUGGAUUGUGGAGGACCAUCAUGAGGUUGUGAAACACAUAUAUCGUGCCAUUGGCUCGAAACAUAUUCCAAUGAAGGACCUGAAAAUGAUCCAUUUGGACUCCCAUCCUGAUCUCCUCAUCCCUGUGAACAUGCCUGCUGAUACAGUCUACGACAAAGAGACUCUGCUCAGUGAGCUGAGCAUUGAGAAUUGGAUUAUGCCAAUGGUCUAUGCUGGACACGUAUCCCACGUAGCCUGGCUGCAUCCGUACUGGGCUCAGCAGAUCAAAGAAGGACAGCAUUCUAUGUGUGUGGGGAAAGAUUCAUCCACAACCACCAUCAGGGUCACAAGCAGAGACGAUUACUUUUUGAGUGACGCUCUUUACGUUCCACUGGAUCAGCUGGAAAACCCAAAAGAGUUGCAUUUAAAUGUCAUCCGCGUGGAUCCUGUUGACAGUUCGCAGGAAAGGCCGCGUGGAAAUGGACAAAGUGGUGCUAAAAUACCAAAACCGACUGCAAAAGAGGACAGAGAUGUGCAGUUAAAACAGGAGACCCCGUGCACUUCCUCUCCUCGACCGCUUGAUGGCAGCACUGCGUCGGGAAACUGCAGUCACACACUCACGAAGACCGAGGAGGGCUCAACAAACUGCAUCACGGAGCGGCUUUUAGCGGUUAUAGAGCAAACUGACCCGUUCAUACUUGACAUUGACUUGGAUUUUUUCUCCUGUAAGAACCCUUUCAAGGAGAUGUACACGCAGGAAGAGUGUGCUCUCCUGCAAGAGUUGUACAGCUUUAGCAGGCCACAGCAGGAUUCAGACGAGGAGGAGCUCUUAGAUUGUGUAGAGAGACGAACUCGCCAGCUUGAAGACCUGGAGGCUGCAUUUGCUGAACUGCUAGAGGAUGACAGCCAGGAAACUGUUGAACGUUUAGCAGCAAACCCAAGAAUGAAACCUCUUGUCAGACUUGUAAACAGCCUUAAGAAUCGAACUCAGUCACCGGACUAUGAAAUGGUGCAUCAAGCAGGCUUGACCUGUGAUUACUCCGAGCUCCCUCACCACAUCAGCAGUGAGGAGGAGAUCCAGCAGUUGAUCACGGCCGUGCAGCUCUUCCUGGAAGCCCUGCCCAAACCCACCAUAGUCACUAUAUCCAGAUCCAGUUUAGAUGAGUAUUGCCCAGCGGAGCAGGUGGAUUCCAUCCAGAACAGCGUGCUGAACAUUCUAGAGUCCCUCUUUGGCUGCUUAGAUGUUCACAGAGAGUAUGAAUCAAUACCAUCGGAGAUCGCUUCACAGACGCCAUGAGGAGGGACGGAGGGAGGGAGGUUAAAUUCAGCAGCAGCUGUGGCAUAUUCUUUACCAGUAGCUGCUUUCAGAAGAGUGGAUGUAGCAAAGCUUUUAAAACCUUGCUGUGAUUUAGCUGUGUACUCUGUUACUGCCUGCUUUGAGUGCAUAUGUAACAGUGAGGUUGAGAUGCAUAGAUGCAAAUGCAUUCAUUCAAAGUAAGAGAUGCCGAAACACUGGGUAAUAUUUGUUUCUGAAUUGUCACCAAAUUAAUUGUUUAUUAGCACAGUAAAGUAAAAAGCCUAAGACUUUCAUAUGAA